AUGUUUGGCUCCAGCUCCAGCACGAACCACAUUUGCGGAUGCUACUAUCGAGCCCAACAAUCGCUCUUUGCAACAUCUGCACGCCAUUACUUGCCGCAGGUCAGACUCGACUCGCACACCACUAUUACACCGCUCUGCUUCACAACAAAACUCACUCAAACCUUCCGGAACUCUGGCUCUGAUGUCCUCAAGCAGGUCAGGUACACCUUCCCCCUCUACGACGGUGUAGCAGUCUCUGGAUAUACGAUCAGCUACGCCGACAAAGUGCUAAAGGGUGUCGUGAAGCAGAAGGACGACGCGAAGCAGAUCUACGACGACGCUGUUACGCGCGGCGAGACUGCCGGGCUGCUCGAGUCGCUCCCUACUGGAAAUUUUGGUGUCACAUUGGGAAAUGUGCCUGCUGCCUCGGGCAUUGUUGUCGAGAUCACGUACUGUGGCGAGCUGAAGCAUGAUGCCGCGAUCGAUGGCUUGAGAUACACACUGCCCACUGCUAUUGCACCAAGGUAUGGCCAGUACCCAGGAGAACUUAUGCAGAUGAAUGCACAGACGACCAGUGGCAUCAGCAUUACGAUCGAUAUUGAUAUAGUCGGCUCUGCUAUCCGCAAGGUCCAGUCGCCUUCGCAUCCGAUCGCGGUGUCGAUUGGUGCGACAUCAGCUGCGUCAGGCAACGCGACUUUCCAGCCCCAUCGAGCCUCUGCGACUCUUACCCUCGGCACGACGAUAUUGGCAGACGACUUUGUGCUCCAGCUUCUCAUAGACGACAUCGAGAAGCCGAGAGCACUGAUCGAAAAUCAUCCGACAAUAUCCGGCCACCGAGCAAUCAUGACCACACUCGUGCCCAAGUUUGUACUUGAGUCGGCCAACCCCGAAAUCGUCUUCAUCGCCGACCAAUCAGGAUCCAUGGGUGGCGCAAAGAACACCGCUCUCGUCAAAGCGCUCACAGUCUUCCUCAAAAGCCUCCCUUUCGGCGUGAGAUUCAACGUCUGCGCUUUCGGAAGCCACCACGAUUUCCUCUGGCCAAAGUCGCAGGCCUACAACGAGAACAACGUCAAGUCUGCUCUGAUCUUCGUAGGUGGCCUCAAGGCUGCGUAUGGCGGUACUGAGCUAUUGAAACCUAUCGUGGCAGCUUUCGAGCAGCGGCUUGGUGAUAUGCCGCUGGAGGUCAUGAUGCUGACGGACGGAGAGAUAUGGGGCGAGGAUUCUGUAUUUGAUUUCAUUAACAAGCAGAUUUUGGACGAGAAGGUUGAUGCAAGAGUCUUUGCAUUGGGUAUUGGGAAUGGGGCUAGCACGACGUUGGUCAAUGGGAUGGCAAGGGCGGGCAGGGGCUUUGCACAAUUUGUUACAGAGUCAGAGACCGAGAAGACGGAUCGGAAGGUUAUGAGGAUGUUGAAGGGAGCGUUGUAUGCACAUACAUGGGACUACAAGUUGGAUGUCGAGUUCAUGGGUAGGGAUUCCGGCAGUGAAGCGUCACAUAGCGUUGACAUGGAAGAGGAGGAUUUUGAGAUGGUCGGGCAAUCGGAAGAACAUCCUGCCAUCAGUACCAAGGGCGAUGUGGCUGAGUCUGGACCGUUGACAGCCACGACAUCGAGUACGACUAGCCUCAAACCAAAUGCCACCAGAUCAUACUUUGAUAGCUCGGUCGAUCCGGAUAAGACAUCUGCGACAACGGAUCGAGCAUCUCGAUAUGCUCACCUGCCAGACCUCGACAACCCGAAGCUGAUCCAAGCACCAGUGGACAUACCACCGCUUUUUCCGUUCAAUCGCACCACAGCUUACAUUCUGAUCGACCAAUCGGAGAAGCGAACAGUCAAAUCAGUUACGCUGCGAGCAGAAAGUGCUUCUGGUCCACUCGAGCUCAGCAUACCUGUUGAGAGCAUCGCAGCCCAUGAUGUACCUUCGAUUCAUCAGCUCGCUGCUCGCGAAGCCAUCCAAGAUCUGGAAGAAGGUCGAGGGUCUUGGCUCCAGCCGCUCAAGGAGAAACAUACUAGCCGCUUCGACGAGCUAGUCGAGCGCGAGGCUGUUCGACUCGGUGUCCAAUAUCAGGUUGCUGGGAAGUGGACGAGCUUCGUGGCUGUCAAUCAGAAAACGAAGCACGCUAGAGAGCAGGAGAAGUCGGCAGCUGCAUCGAAAUCGCAAGUGGCAGAAGCGGCCGCGCUAGCACCUCCACUCGUCAACAUCGACGCUGCAACGAUGGAACAGUACCAGCGUGAGAUGGCGGAUGCUGCUUCUUUGCCUCUGGCUGACGAAGAGAGCGAUGAAGAGGAUGAAGCUGCGUCCGUCGCUCGUCACGGAACAGUGAGCAUGAGUAUGGCUGGCAUGCCUGUAGCGGGUGUUGAUCGCAUUUCGGCUCUAGCAAUCCCAGCACCGCAGAGUCGAGGAGGGACUCGUGCUAACGCUCCUUCUAAUGCGUUCUUUGGCGGUGCUACGCAGGCCUUCGGAGCCAUGAGUGGAGGUCCGUUCGGGAAGGCUGCGAAGCCUGCUCCAGCAUCGGCAGGGGGCGGUUUGUUCGGAAGCGCUACGCAGUCUGCAUCUUCAGCAGGCGGAAAUUCAUUUGGUAACCCUAGCCAGAGCCUUGCACCCUCAUUUGGCAGUGGGCUUUUCAGUAACAGUGCCAUGCCUCCCUCUUCAGCUGGUAGUAGUCUAUUCGGCACUAGUAUGCAGGUCCCCUUCCGAACGGGGUGGAGCCCAGUUGGACCUCCACCACCACCGCGGGCUCCUGGACAAUCGAGUCAGCAGGUAGGAGCUAUGGCUUCCAUGCAGACAGGAUUUGGCCAGAGUAGUUCCUACGCUCCGCCACCGCCGAUGGCUCCUGGACAGUCGAGUCAGCAAUUAGCAGGUCUGGCUCCCAUGCGCACAGAAUUUGGAUUUGGCCAGAGCAGCUCCCAGGCUCCAGCACCAGUAACGGCCGCUCCGCUUUCUCUACACGACCUUAUUAAUCUGCAGAAGUUCUCCGGAGCUUGGGUGUACACUGACGAUCUUCUGAAAGCCAUAGGAGUGCAAAAAUAUGGGUUUGAUGGCUGGAAGACUGGCUACCUUCGAUCCAAGGAUGUGAAGAUUACCCUUAUGGUUCUGGCAUUUCUUGAGGUACGAUUCAUGGGCGAUCGCGAGGUAUGGGAGAGGGUUGCUGCGAAGGCGAGAUCUUGGCUUAUGGGUGAAGGAUUGCGCUCGGAGGAAGUCAAGGGGCUUGUACAAGAGGCGAGGGCCCAAACCUUAUGGGACUGA